GGAGGAGGAGGAGGGAAAGAGGGAAGAAGGCGGGGCCUCGAGCUGCCGGUCGGAGGGACGGGCUGGUCCGCCCUUGUGCGGUGCGUUGCGGUCCGGUGAGGGGGCUGCAGGAGGGUCCGCCAGUCCGGCGCAGAGGAAUGCGCCCGCACAGAAAGCUGCAGAGCCGGUAGUGGUAGUUGGCCGUGGCGACGGGGGACGACCGGGGAAGAUGGCGGAAGGCGCGGGCCCUCAGCGGGCCGAGGAGCGCUGGGGCCGGCCGCGGGAGGAGGACUCCCACUCCUCUUCCUCCUCCUCUUCCGGGGGGCGCCUGAUCCCCGUCGUCUUCCUCGCCCUCCUCAUCGACCUGCUGGGGUUCACCCUCAUCCUGCCCCUCCUGCCGUCCAUCCUCGACCACUUCGGCAAGUCCGACGAUCGUUUGUACGCGGCCUUGCAGCACGGCGUGGAUUGGUUCGCCGCGGUCGUAGGCGUGCCGGCCGAGAGGAAGUACAACAGCGUCCUGUUCGGAGGUCUGAUCGGCUCCAUCUUUUCCAUCCUGCAGUUUCUGUCCUCCCCGCUGACGGGAGCGGCGUCGGAUUCCUACGGCCGGAGACCCGUCAUGCUGGUGACUUCGGUGGGUCUGAUCGCGUCCUACGCCCUGUGGGCCCUGUCCAGGAGCUUCGGGGGCUUCCUCUUGUCCCGAGUGGUCGGCGGAUUGAGCAAAGGCAACGUCAGCCUCUCCGCCGCCAUCGUUGCCGACUUGCCGUCUCCCCGAGCCCGGAGCAAGGGCAUGGCCAUGAUCGGGAUCGCCUUCUCGCUGGGGUUCACCGUGGGCCCCUUGAUUGGCGCCUGCUUGGCCGCGGAGUCCGGGAAAGGAGCCCCCUUCUACCUUCCUUCAGCCCUGCUCGCCCUCGGCUUCGCCGUCUCCGACCUGCUCUUCAUUUACCGCCUGCUGCCGGAGACUCUCCCCGAAGAAAAGCGGGCGCCCUCGGUGAAGUCGGGAUUCCAAGCAGCGGCCGACCUGCUCAGCCCUGUCUCCUUGUUCCGGUUUUCCGCGGUCACCCGAGGGCCGGACGGCCCCUGCGGAGAAAAACUUGAGAAUUUGAAGGUUCUGGGUGCGGUGUACUUCCUCUAUCUGUUCUUGUUCUCGGGGCUGGAGUACACCCUCACCUUUGUCACCCACCAACGCUUCCAGUUCAGCAGCAUGCAGCAGGGGAAGAUGUUCUUCUUCAUCGGGAUCACCAUGGCGGCCAUCCAGGGAGGCUACACAAGGAGAAUUGAACCGGGCACCGAGAUCCGGGCUGUGAAACGGGCCAUCCUGCUGCUGGUGCCCGCCUUCCUGCUCAUCGGCUGGACCGGCGGCAUCCCGGGCCUGGCCGCCGGCCUGCUGCUCUACUCCUUCGCUGCCGCCGUGGUGGUGCCGAGCUUGUCGGCGGUGGUCUCCGGCUACGGUUCGGCCGGUCAGAAAGGAAGGAUUAUGGGGACGCUGAGGAGCCUGGGGGCACUGGCCAGAGCCGUGGGGCCCAUCCUCGCAGCCACAGCGUACUGGCUGGCGGGAGCCGAGCUGUGCUACACCCUGUGCGCCGCGCUCUUCCUGCUUCCCGUCCUGCUCCUCGGCCGCCUGCGGCAGGAGAUCAAGACCGACUAAGCGCCCCGCCCCGCCUCACCGGCCCCAGCCCUUCCACUGCCUCCCCUUAUUGAUGAGUCCCACUCGGCCCGGAGCCGGAGGUCGGGGGACCGGGCGAAGGGUGUCGCGGGGCCGGGGCCGGGGAACGGGGCUCCUCUCGCCCAGGAGCGCGGAGGGGCCCUUCUCCGCGGAAGCAGCGGAGCCGGCGAAACCGGACGGCUCCGGUCCGGCUCGGGAAGGGGUGUCGGAGCGCCGGCCUCUGGGGCCCGAGUUUGGUCUCCCGUGAGGGCGACGGGGUCGGAUGUCGAGCGUCCUGGCGGUCUUUGGGACAGAAACCCGAACACGGAAUUAAAUCGGGGUUUUGCUGUUGCACGACAA